AUGGAUAUUUUAGUACAAAAUAUUUCAAAUACAAAUUUGGUAGAAUAUGGACUGAAAAUGAAUGAAAAAUUGGGAAAGAAAAGAGUUGAUAAAAUGUAUUAUCAACAAAUAAUUAAUUUUUAUAAAAAUUUUAUAAAUAUUAAUUUAAAAAAUCAUUUGGAGAAUAAUUGGAAUAAUUAUUGUUAUAUUGAAAAAAAUGUGGAAUUUGAGAGGCCUGAGGAAUGGGCAGUUCAUUAUAGUAAUGAAAUUGGCAUGCAAAAUGAUGGUUUUCGAUUGGAAUAUAUUGGAGAAAUUGAUAAUUUUGAUAUUAAUAAAGAAGAAUAUAAAUUAACUUUAAAACAAAAAGAAAAUAUUUUCGAAGCACUAACGAGAAAUUCAAAUCUUCACAAAGUCACUUUCUUCGAAGCUGAUAAUAUUCUAAAUAUUAUUAUUUCGAAAAAUAAUUUAAAAGAGCAACCACAAACAGAACAACAACAACAAACACAGAUUCAUUCAAAAGAUGAAAUACAAACAGAAUUUGUUAAAAAUAUUCCUCAAACAUCGACUUCUUCUAUUGAUGAAGAACAAAAUAUUUACAAAAGAAUUAAAUCCGAAUUGAAGAAGGUUACUUUAUGCAUAUCUAAUUUUCAUUUAAAAAUUUUCGAAUAUUUUUAA